AUGUCCCCGCCUGCCAUUGCCUGCCGUCGAGCAGUGCACCGCAUUCGCCCUCCUUUGGUCGACAGUGUUUGGAUCAGUGACGAGCUCCUCGCCGACGUCUACCACCGCUUUCUUCAGGCGUCCUUCUCGAGCCAGCGACGCCAUGGCAGCAAUGUCCCGGGGCCAUUGGAAGCUAGGAAAAGGGCUUCCAAACGCCGUAUGAUGGAUCUCGCGGCAGCUGGAGGGGGAGGUGCAUUUCCCAACCCGGCCAUGCUCUUUGGACCUUCAUCGACUGGACCUUCAUUGACCGGCCCUUCGUCGUGGAAAUAUCAACCUCCUUCGAAGAGCUCGCGUACAAAACCGGGGAGUUCUGAGCUACCUAUCUUGUCUCAAUGGCUGCUAGAUCUCUCGGCACCUGCUCCCCCUCGACCCAAACAAUUAGACAAUUUGGAGCAGCUUGAAGCAGAGCCGGUCCAAGAUGAACCGUCCUUUGAUGAUCGCCUACUGUCUUUCAAGAGCCUAGUGAACAGCAGGACGGACCAAAAAAUUAUACGAAAUCUAUUCCUAGAAUACUGCCCUCCUGGAGGCGAGUCCAAAAAAUUCAGCCAGCUCGCAUUCAAGCACAUGGUGGAUAUUGAGUGUCCAUUCGACCAGAUCCUCCUAUUACUACCCGAGCCCUCUAUAAACGCAGCCGGGACAGGCAAUGUCGAGCGUUUGCUCCGAUUGUUGAACGACACUCCAAUGGAGUUGACGAAUACCUCGAUUGUGAGGCUGAAGCAACGCUACAAUUACUUUUUUUGGACUAUCUGUAAACUCAACGCACCCGGCAGCCAACGAAACAUGACCGACGGGGAGAUAUUAACCGUUGUUCACACACUCAAGUCUGCCAACCCUACAGUCCUCCAGGACCUCGAACGCGCUCAUCUUUACAACGAUUUGUGGCAAUCCUGUUUUACUCGCGCGAACAUAGUCUCUCCAAAGUCGUUCGAUGCUGAGCUAUUCCAGCAAAUCACCAGGACCUUCAAGUGCCACUACGGACCGGUGCCCCUGCGGUGGAUGAAAUCCAAGCAGGAGCCUCUUGUGGAGGAUCUAGUAGGCUUACUUCGUUGGAACUUAAAAAAAGCAAACAGGAAAAAGAAUAAUGUGCUCCUCGCCUUUAACACGAUCCCAAUAUCACUUCUGCCGAGCCUAUUCAGGGCAGUCACUGCGUCCGUUGCUCGCCAGCCCGAGCCCCACCAGCGAGCUUCAGAGCUCGAUUCGUGGCUACAGCUUGUAGACGCCUUCUCGAAAACUCAAUUGCCUGAAAAUGCACGUCGGAAGAUAAUAGACAUGGUCUACAGAGAACUCGCCGCCCAGAACGUGGGGCCAGUAAACGUUUUAAGCUAUGUUGCUAAAUUUAAUCUCAAGAGAACAAUCCACUCUUUGAUUGCGGGCUGGGCCCCAGACGUAGGUCUCCGGACGAAGCUUAUGACCUGUGCGAACAGUUUUCUCAAGUCGCGAACGACAUCCGAUCGCAAACGUCUCGGCGGAGCUCUGGUCGAGCUUCUUGUCGAGAUGGAAAGUCUAGAAGAACCCAUUUCCGCUGCUGUAGAUGAGUCCGUCGAGCUUGUAUAUCGUCAACCAGGCGGCGGAGCCAAGGCUGUAGUAGACUUCCUCACGGAGCUGGCUCUGCGAACUAGCACACAAUUCAAUCCCCAAAUUCUCUACCGAAUUGUCCUCGAGACAAUGUACACCGACAGCGCUCACGCCUACAAACUCUGCGAGAUUGUCUCAAGCCUCGACUUGCGUUUUAACCCCAAUUUCCCGGUCCACCACAUCCUCGGUGGCCUCCGCUCGAUGAUGGAUAUGUCCCGCAUUGUGCUCAAUGCCCGGCGUCGCGACCAUCUUCCGACGCCGUACCGUAAUCAGCCACUCGUGGAUCUUUACCAGAUCCGCGUUGAGCUCAUCCAUCAGAUUGCGUACCAGUACUCCCUCGACGAAAGCUUCACCCAUAAGUCAUCUGGCCGCGCGCUUUACUACCUCUGGAAGUAUUUGAGAGUCCAUAGCCUUCCCAUCGGACCACUGAUGACCAAGGCUCUUGUCAAUGUGUUCGUCACACGCCCAUUGCUGGAUCGCCGGUGGGUCAGCACACGCCGUUUUACAAUCGUCCGGGACGCGGUCGCGAGGGUCGAGGGCAAGGAGACGGCAGCAAAGCUACACGAGACUUUCUGGUAUUGGAGGGGAGAGCUUAUCCGUGACGCUAAAAGGCGGCAUCUCAUAGCUGGAGGUGAGGCAAGGGCAAGCGUUGCGGUAGUGAGGAGGCUGGGGCUUUGAGCGUACAGAGCCGUGGAACGUAAAGACGUAAGCGCUCCUAAUAAGGCGGCAGCAGGUGGUGGAUGAUUUGUAUAGUGUAUUCAUGUAUAUACCGGCUAUAUCUGCCGUAGCUACCCAGGAUAUAGGGUUAUAAACAACACCAUAUAUCACGAGUGU